AUGUGUUGCAAUAUUGUUGCACUUAUCGCUAUUAAAAUGAGAAGAAUGAAAAGAAGAAAAGAUGAUUAUGGCCUUGUCAAUUCAAAUUCUUCAGGUAUCGCAAAGUUAAAUGUUUGUCCACAUGAAGAAAUUGAAACAGUAACAGUACGUGAGCCAUGCGUUCAAGCUUAUACAAAAUAUAUUAGAAGUCGAAAACCAGGUUGCAAUGGAGAAUUUCGAUCUUGUUCAGUUCGUGAACCAAAAACAGUUUAUUAUCGUACGUAUAAAAAUGUCACACGCACAAGAAGGCACACAACGGCACAAUGUUGCGCAGGUUGGAUUCAGGUACCGGAUAAAGAAGGAUGUCAACGAGCAAGCUGUACACCUGAAUUAUGUCAUAAUGGUGGUACCUGUCAACAACCAUCAACAUCGGAUAAAAAUGAAGAAAUUUGUCGAUGCCUGCCUGGAUUUCAAGGUGCUCGAUGUCAAUAUGAUAUAAAUGAAUGCUUGAUAAAAAAUGGUGGAUGUCCACAUGAGUGUGUCAAUACGAUCGGCACAUUUUAUUGUCGUUGUUUUGCCGGAUAUCAGUUAGACAGCGAUCAUCAAAAAUGCAUUGAUGUUGAUGAAUGUCAAUUUGAAAAUGGUGGUUGCGAAUUUCGAUGUUUGAAUACGGAAGGUGGAUAUCGUUGUGAGUGUCCACCAAGGAUGCAGCUGCAUUCAAAUGGUCGUCGAUGUGUCCGUCGAAAUAUUUGUGCAACAAACAACGGUGGUUGUGAGCAUAUCUGUGAAGAAAGACAUGGACGAUUUCAUCGAUGCAAAUGUCGGCAGGGAUUCAAAUUAGCUGCCGAUAAACGGCGUUGCCACCCGAUCGAUCCAUGUAUGAUAAAUCGUGGUGGUUGCGAGCAGCAUUGCAUGAAUGAUAACGGAAGAGCCGUAUGUCAAUGCUAUCAUGGUCUCAGAAUCGGAUCAGAUCAGAAAUCAUGCGUUGAUAUCGACGAAUGCACAAUGAUGACUUCAAAAUGUGAGCAUGAAUGUGUUAACAUUUAUGGAACAUACAGAUGUCGUUGUCGCAGUGGAUAUCGGUUACUAUCAGAUGGACGCCAAUGUAAGCUAGUAAUUGACCCGUGUCAGGAAAGAAACGGAGGAUGUGAGCAUAUAUGCGAAGGUGAUGAGAAUGGUAGCCUGAAAUGCUCUUGCAAAAGUGGUUAUCAACUUGAUAGCGAUGGUAGAUCUUGCUCUGAUAUUGACGAAUGCAUUGAUAACAACGGUGGCUGCAAACAACUCUGCAUUAAUCUACCUGGAAGUUAUCAUUGCUCCUGCAAAACUGGCUUUCUACUCAUCUAUGAUGGCAGAACUUGUGAAGAUAUUAAUGAAUGUAUCGCAAAUAAUGCUGGUUGUGAGCAUCACUGUAUCAACGAAGAGGGUGGAUAUACGUGUACAUGCGAAGUUGGCUAUAACUUAGCACCUGAUAGCCAUGCCUGUCACGAUAUUAAUGAAUGCUUAAUAAAUAACGGUGAAUGCAGUCAAUUAUGCAAAAAUGAGGAAGGUAGUUAUCAGUGCAAGUGCUUUCGUGGUUUCAGUCUUGCAGAAGAUGGCAAAACAUGCAUUGCUUCACUUCUAUCAGAUUCGCUGUUUGAUUCAGUUCCUCAUAAUAUCAGACAGCAUUUAGCAGGGAUAGCAUUAUUAGCUGAUCAUUUAAAAUACAAUGAUAUAAUGGAAGAUGAACUGCAAACGGAAGAUGAAAGCAUACCGCACGAUCUUUCCAAACUAUCACAUUUUGGUACAAUGCGUAUGCUACACAGUCUUCCUACUGCUUGCGAAUAUGGCCGCUUUGGAGAAGAGUGUCGUUAUAGAUGUUCUGAUUGUAAAAAUGGAGGAAAAUGUCAUCGUAACAAGACCGGUUGUGAUUGUGCUUCCGGUUAUACGGGUACAAUUUGUGAGGAUCAAUGUCCUGAAGGUACCUGGGGAUUGGGUUGCAAAAAAGCGUGCGAAUGUGAUGGACAAAUUUGCAAUCAUAUUACUGGUGAAUGUGAUUGUCCGGAUGGUGCCGAAUGUGAUGAUAGCUGUCCGGCUGGUAAAUUUAGAUUUAUUUCGUUGCACAUUAUUUUAUUAUUUUCCGCAUUAUCGCUUUACUUGAACUUUUUGCCAAUGAACAAUAGCACAGGUUUUUAUGGACAAUCGUGCAAUUUGCCAUGUGAGAUGACCUGUAGCAGUGGACGAUGUGAUCGGAAAUACGGAUAUUGCUCUUGUCCAGCUGGUUAUUACGGUGAAAAAUGCGAUCAAAUUUGCCCACGAUUUAACUAUGGUCGUAACUGUCGCCAUGUAUGCAAUUGCGAGAAAGAAUACUCAAAAGGUUGUGAACCAAAGACUGGUAAAUGCAUUUGUAAAAGUGGUUUCUAUGGUCCAUUCUGCAAGCGACGUUGCCCGGUUGGUUUCUACGGAGAGUCCUGUACCAAAAAGUGUAACUGUGCUGAAAAUCAGGAAUGUGAUUCUACUAAUGGCAAUUGUAUUAAAAAAUGUCGUCCAGGAUAUAUAGGUGAUCAAUGCCAAAUCCCUUGCUCUAUCGGUACAUAUGGAUAUAACUGUACCCAAAAAUGUGCAUGCGAAUCAGGUGCAUCUCAAAUAUGCCAUCAUGUUACCGGAACAUGCACAUGUAAACCUGGUUAUUACGGUGUAUUAUGUGAAAAAACAUGUCCUAAAGGUUUAUACGGUCCCAAUUGUCAGCACGAAUGUUCCUGUAAAAAUAAUGGUACUUGUAACAAUAAAGAUGGUUCAUGUAUUUGCGAAGCUGGAUAUUAUGGUGCUGCUUGCAGUGAAGUUUGUCCAAGUGAUCGUUUUGGUCUAAAUUGUAUGCAGUUUUGUGAAUGUUAUAAUGGUGCUCAGUGCAAUCCUUCAAAUGGUUCAUGUAAAUGCUUGACCGGUUGGAGUGGUGAAAAAUGCGAUAUACCAUGUGCAGAAGGAUAUUUUGGUAUCAAUUGCAGUGAACGAUGCAGCUGCGAUGAAGGAGUGCAAUGUGAUCCAACUGACGGGGAAUGUAUAUGUUUGCCGGGAUAUCAUGGGAAGAGUUGUGAUCUACUAUGCGAGGAAGGUUAUUUUGGUAAUCGUUGUAAGGGUAUGUGUAUUUGUCGAAAUAAUGCUACUUGUAAUCCGAUCAAUGGUGCUUGCAACUGUAAGCCUGGCUGGCGUGGUCAGCACUGUGAUCGACCGUGUCCUGAUGGACGGUAUGGUGAUGGUUGUAAAAAGGUCUGCAAUUGCUCAUCAUUUGAUGACAUCGAAAUGGCAUCAUUUGUCUUGAAAUGCCAUCCUGUAACCGGUGAAUGUCUUUGUAGCGAAGGUUGGACUGGAGCUAAUUGUCGAACACCAUGUCCUUCCAAUAGGUGGGGUAUUGGUUGUAAAGAGGAAUGUUGGUGUAUGAACGGUGGAAUUUGUGAUCGAUUUACGGGGAAUUGUGAUUGUCCAGCAGGAUUUAUGGGACCACACUGCGAAGAAGAAUGCCCAUCCGACCGUUAUGGAUCAAAUUGUAAUAACCAUUGUCUUUGCAUGCAUAAUGGUACUUGCGAUCCUAGGAAUGGUACCUGUAAAUGUGCACCUGGAUGGACCGGUCCUGCGUGUGAAUUCAUGUGUCCAUUUGGACAGUACGGAAUAAAUUGUGAGCAAGAAUGUAAUUGUAUGCGAGGUGCAAGUUGCAACCGUACAGAUGGUAGUUGUCAGUGUUUACCCGGUUCCAUUGGUGAAAGAUGCGAGCGCAUUUGUCCUCAUGGUUUAUUUGGUGAACGCUGCGAAGAAUUAUGCUUAUGCGAAAAUGGUGCAAGUUGCGAUCCAAUCAGUGGCCAUUGUCAUUGUGCUCCUGGUUGGCGAGGUCGCAAAUGCAAUCGACCAUGCCUAAAAGGCUACUAUGGACAGCAUUGUGCCUCAGCAUGUCGAUGUCCAAAUCAGAAACCGUGCAAUCAUAUCACCGGUCGUUGUCAUUGUCUUAACGGUUACACCGGUCAUUCGUGCACCGAGCUUUGUCCUCCUGGAACAUUCGGUGAAAAUUGUGCACAGCAGUGCGAAUGUGCACCGAAUGCUAAUUGUGAUCCCAUUACCGGGAAAUGCUUUUGUAAGCCAGGAUAUGUAGGUGUUGAUUGUGCUCAAGAUAAUUGUAUCCAAGGACGGUAUGGCAUGAAUUGUGAUGGCAAUUGUCAGUGCAUGAACGGUGGUACUUGUGAUAAAAUAACUGGACAGUGCAUUUGUCCGCCAGGUUUUGUUGGUACCAAGUGUGAGGUAUCCUGUCCUACGAAUCGAUUUGGUGAAAAAUGUGAAAAACUUUGCCAAUGUGAGAAUGGAGGUAUUUGUGAUCGAGUGACAGGUCAGUGUCGUUGUGCAGCUGGUUUCACCGGCUUGCAAUGUCAACAAGUAUGCCCUGAGGGACGUUUCGGGCCUGGAUGUCGCGAAAAAUGCCGGUGCGCUAAUCAGGCGCAUUGUGAUCCAAUAACUGGAGCUUGCAGAUGUUCAUUGGGAUAUACCGGAACUACUUGUGAUCAACCCUGUCCAGAUGGAAAAUAUGGAUGGAAUUGUACGCUAGACUGUGAAUGUCACGGUGGUGCUAAAUGUGAUCCGGUGCAAGGUUGCUGCGAUUGUCCAAAAGGUCGUUAUGGUACUCGUUGCCAGUACACAUGUCCAGUUGGUUUUUAUGGUUGGUAUUGUAGUCAGAGUUGUGAUUGUCAGAAUGGCGCAACAUGUGAUCCCAGUGAUGGUCAAUGUCGAUGUCCUUCAGGAUAUUUUGGCAAGCAGUGUGAACGUUCCUGUACUAACAAUACCUACGGCCCACACUGUCAAUUGUUUUGUGAUUGUGAUGAAUUCCGAUGUGAUCCAGAAACUGGAAAAUGCGAUUGCCCUUUAGGAUUACAUGGUGCUAAAUGUAAACAAGCAUGUCGACCGGGACGUUAUGGAAAAAAUUGUGAACAUCGAUGUGAAUGUUAUAAUGGUGCAACAUGUGAUCGAGUUACCGGUCAGUGUAGUUGUGCUCCAGGAUAUCUUGGUGCAACUUGCCAGCAAGAAGAGUUUGAUAUGGAAAGUGUUGCAAAACGUGGCGAUCUUCCGGAGUAUGACUUCCGCAGGAAGCGAUAA